AUGAGUGAGGCUGUGAACCCCAAGGCGUACCCGCUGGCGGAUGCACAACUGACCCAGACCAUCCUGGAGAUCGUCCAGCAGGCCACCAACUACAAGCAGCUGAAGAAGGGCGCCAACGAGGCCACCAAGACCCUGAACCGCGGCGUGUCCGAGGUGAUCGUCAUGGCCGCCGACACGGAGCCCAUCGAGAUCCUGCUUCACCUGCCCCUGCUGGCCGAGGACAAGAACGUGCCCUACGUCUUCGUCGCCUCCAAGGCCGCCCUGGGGCGUGCCUGCGGCGUCUCCCGCCCCGUCAUCGCCGCCAGCGUCACCUCCAACGAGGGGAGCCAGCUGAAGAACCAGGUGCAGCAGCUGAAGCUGGCCAUCGAGAAGCUGCUCAUCUGA